AUAUGUUUAACAUCGAAUUCGAUUAAGAUGUUGAAUUGAGAGCAGUAUAGAAUGAAGAUUUUGAAUAAUAAUACCUUGAACAUUGUCUGAGAGAAUAUAGAAAAGAGCCUGCUCUAACAAUCCCAUAAAUAAGUAGAACCUUAAGCUAAAAAACAAUUGAAGCUGAAUGUCUUAAUAAAAUACCAGAGACACCUUUUGAUGAAAAUCUUAUUCUUACCUAAGCACAAAAUUCUCAUAUUUUUGGUCGGUAAUCUCUAAAUUAGAAUGAAAGAAGAGGAAGUCUUCCUAAUGCUGGAACAAGUCUGAUGUGUAGUUUUUAUAUUAGGAGAUUCAUAGAAAAAAUAUCUUAGAGCAGGAAAAACCUUUUGAAUAUGAAUGAAAUUCAUUUCCAUCUUAUUGAAGAUAAAGCAGCUGAUAGGCAAAAUUUAUUCAAUCAUUAAAGUUAGAGCAAACGAUAAGGUUUUAGUCUAAGUAAAAUGAAGACAUUAUUGAGAAAAGAAACAGUGAUCAAUAAAAUAAGUAUUUGGGAAGAAAUAAAGGAAUAAAUAAGAAAAAUUUAGAAUUAGUUUUUGAAUUAGAUGACAUCAAUAGUAAAGAAAAUUCCAAUAAUUUAACCUGAAUCUCGUUUAAAAAUGAUAUGGGACCUUGUUGCAUCAUUUUUUAGAAUUCUCUUAGUAAUUUUAGUGCCUUUAGAGAUAGCAUUUUAACCUUGUAUCUUAUUCACAGACUUUAUUGUUCUUACAGCAGUGAUUUUAUUGAUAUUAUAAGUCGAUUUCUUGAUAAGAAUAAACACACUCUCAUAUAGAAAUGGAGCAGCUAUAUAAAAUCGAUGGGAAUUAUUAAUAUAUCAAUUUAAGAAGGAGUUUUUGACAGACUUUUCUACUUCAUUUCUUUUAAUAAUCUUUAUAAUAAUGCCAGAAAUGGAUAAUAAUGUUAAUCUGUUUUUAUUACUGACUUUGGCAUAGUAUAGAUAUAUUUAAGAAACAUUUGCAAAAAGUGAUUAAAUAUCUUAUUUAACAAGACCAAUAAGAGGAAUCAUAGGUUUAGUUAAACUAGUUCUAACACUUUUAUUUAUACUGCAUUUAUUUAGUUGUAUUUGGUUUUGGUUUAGUAAGAUAAGUUUUGAAGAUUCUUGGAUCAAAUUUAAUGGAUUAGAUCUAAAAUCUUGGAAAUUAUAAUAUUUGGAAGCAUUGUAUUUUGCAGUUGUAACAAUGCUUACAAUAGGAUAUGGAGAUAAUGUUCCAAAGAAUUCAAUAGAGAAAAUUAUAACUAUUAUUUUUAUUCUAUGGGCUUGUAAUAAAAUAAAUUAUUUUAGGUUUAUGGUUCUCAUAUAGUAUCAAUUUUAUAGGAGGUAUUAUUAAUGAUAUUACUUAAAAUCAGGUUGAGAGAAAUAGAAAAAUGAGAGUCAUUAACAAGUACAUGGAUCAAAGAAAGAUUCCUUUCAAUUUGAAACACAAGUAAGAAAAAAAUUAAAUAAUAAAAAUAGAAUUAAAGAAUACUUGACUUUUCGAUGGAAAGAAGAUGAUGAAGUAGAUCUAGAUAUAGAAUAAGCUUUACUUGAAUAAUUAUCUGAUGAAUUGAAAGAAGAAUUAGAUAAAGAAGCUCACAAGAUCUUCAUUAAAAAAUCAGCUCUUCUUUAACGUUUCAGUGAUGAACUAAAAGAUGCAUUAUCAAAGUCAAUCAAAAGAAAAAUUAUACCUCCCUAAAAUACAUUUUCGAUUGAAUUUGAUGAUUAAUAACAUUUAUGUUUUGUAGAACAAGGGGUUCUACUUUAUUAACAUCUUGAUAGAAAAUAAAGAUCCAAGAUGAAUGCUACAAUUAAACAAGGGCAAUUUUUCUGCGUGUAAGAUUUCAUUAUUUAAAAUCCUUAAAAAGAUUACUUUAAAUCAAAUGGUUAUGUUAGUUUAUUGAUUUUGUCAAAAUUAGAUUUUAUGAUUACUAUUAAAAAUUAUCCCGAAGAUUUCUAAAAAUAUUGUGAAAUAAAAGAACUUAUGACUUUAAGUCUAAAACCUCCAUAAUUAGAAAAUGGAGUAUUUUGUCCAGCUUGUCUAUGUUUUAAUCAUUCUUUGACAAAAUGUCCCUAAAUUUAAUAUAUCCCAGACAAGGAAGCUAUUUUAAAGAAAUAUUUAUUACCUUAAAUUUAAGAAAGAAGAAGUUAUUAAAGAGAUCUUACAAAAAGAUUCAAUAAUGAUUAAAUUAUCAGUAGAUCAAGAUUAGAUAAAGAUUUAAUUUAACAAUUUGCUUAUGUUUUUUAAAAUGAAAAUCAUUAAUUAAUAUAGGAAUAACAAAAAGUUUAAUUAGCUUUUGAGUAAGAUUCGAUUAGCUCAAAUGGAGAUCCUACUCCUUGCAAUAAGAUUUAAAUUGAUGGAUUUUAAGCAGCUGUUUAAAAAUCAAAAAGACUUAUAAAUGAUCCUCCAAUACAAUUAUCUUCUAAUGCUAAGUUUUAGGAUACAAAAUAAAGUCUUCAUCAAGCAUUGUAAAAUAGAAAGUAAUCUAUUUUUAAUUUAAAUAUUCCUACAAAUUUUGGUAAAAGCCCAAAAAGUCUAUUAAUUCCUAAAGAGGAUGUUAUUAAAGAAAAUGAGGAAAGUGAAGAGAAUGAGGAAAGUAGCAAUAGUUUUAAUGAAAGUAAGAGUAUUAGUGAGAAACAGAAAAGAAAGAAAUAAUUUAGUGUUUCUGAUUUUAAUGAGAAUAUGUAGGAAAAUAUUAUUAAUUUGUACCAUUAACUAUAAAGAGAAUUAGAAUUGAAUGAAAAUGAUAAAACUAUCUAAAAAGCCUAUAUUUAAAUCGAACCUAUCUAUUGGUCAUUUCAUUAAUAAAGCCUAUCUGAAUUUGAAUUACUGACAACAUAUGAUUACUUUUUUAAAAGCUAAAAUUAUAACGAAGUAAUCAGUUAGGCUGAAAAAAACACUUUUUUAUGGUAAUCUCAAUUCAUCAAUAAAUUAUAAAGAUAUAUGUUUUAUCCAUUUCUCUUUAUUCAGAAAUACAUGAGUAAAAAGAGAAAUUCUAAAAAUACUGAAAAAAUUAAGAGAGACACUUAGAAUAGAUUAAAUAGUCGUUUAAAAACUUUAAAAAAUAGUCUUAAAUUAAAAAAAAAAUAGUCAGUUUUAAUAAAGCCAAUCUAGAAAUUUGGAUAGGUAGCCCCAGAACUUUGA